UAAAAAUUGAGACAAGAGAGCUACUAUAAGAAAAUAAACGAAUGUUUAAAAACUGAAAAAAAAUGAACGCAAGGGGAGAAGGACAGAAAUAGGAGCAAAGGAGAAACACUGGAUUCCUCACCCUGUCAAAGCCCACUGUGCUUAAUGCAAAACACCAGGAGCUUCAUGAGGAACAGAUAAGAUACGGGAUGAGAUUUCUACCAGGGAACAGUCAGAUGCCAGCAGGGCUGAUAAUCACUUUCUCUCCUCCCAGGGGGGCGAGGCUGCUGUGUACAGAGAGGGGUAUCCUAAUUCACACUUCGCCCUCCACCCUCGAGUGGGACCUAAACAUAGCCAGUAGUUUUCUCACAGAAACUACUUGGCAUAACCAUUUUGUGCUUGUACCACAGGACCAGUUCAGUUACUUUCAUGAGUGCAUCUAUAGCUUGUGUUUCAUUGUUUGUCUUCCUGUUUAAUGUAUAAAACUAACUGUUACUAAUAUCUUUGAAGCACCUGAGGUACCCAGGAAGGCUGCUCGUGAGGAAAAAGUGUCUGUGGCCGCUGCCAAAGUUCCAGAGCUUCCAGCACCCAGAGGUACCUGUCUUCAUGGAAAACUUAAAAAAGGAGAUACCUAAUCUUCUUCUCCUUAGGGAUUUCCUACCCUUUCUUGGCUUGUCUAUGUUUCCAAACUGAGACUCUUAAGAUUAUGUGUGAUAGGUAAAUGAUGCUGCUCACGUGUGGUGGGUUUUGAGGUGACUGUCGUGAUGUUCCGUGUCUGUCUUGCCCUGAUUUUUUUGUUCCUACUUGGCACAUGUUUUCACCAAUGUAAAAUGAAACGCACUAAUAUCUUUGAAGUGCCUGGGAUGCCUGAGGCAGAGGUCCUGGAAGAGGAAGAAGAGGAGGAAGCAUUAGAAGAGCUGGCACCAGUUGCUGAGCCUGGAGAGCCAGAAGCUCCUCCAGCUGAAGUGCCUGCGGUGACUGAGGAGGAAAAGCCAGAAGAAAAAGUGUCAGUGGUCAUUCCCCCAAAGCCAGUGGCUGUGCCCAAGAAGCCUAUGGCUGUGCCCAAGAAGCCUGUGGCUGAGCACAAAGAAUCUGUACCUCUACCAAAGAAACCCGUGGCUGUGUCAAAGAAACCAGAGCCUGUGGCAGCGCCAAAGAUACCAGAGCCUAUGACUGUCCCUAAAACUCACGAAGUCCCUUCAGCUAAAGGUACAGACAUCAGUGACUGAACCUCUCAUCUCUUUAUUCUCUGAGUACUUUUUCCCUUCUUUCACCAAUGUAUACAUUGAUUAGGUAUCUGAGUGAAUUUUCGUAUUGUGAGUGGCUUAAUCUUUUGGGUCAUUGCACUUUUCAGUAUUGUACAUAUAUAUGUAUCUUAAUAUUCACCAAACUGAAAAUUUACUAAUAUCUUUAAAGCACCUGAAGUGCCAGAAAGGACUGUCCCAGAAGAGAAAGUGCCUCUUACAACGCCUAAAAAGCCAGAAUAUAAAAAACCGGAGCCUCCUUCAACCAAAGGUAUAUAUUGUCAGGAGGCACCUCCUGAGAAGAAAUGUUUUCUGUUUUUCCUCUUUUUCCUUUGUUCAUGAUAGAGUCUACAAAAUCUGUCAGGUGUAUGUAGUCUACCUUGGAAAGACUGUAUGAAGAACAAAGAGUCUUUCAUGGUUACGGUCUCUGUCACUAUGAUUUUCUGUGUGCUAGGUGUCUUUGUCAUUUUUAUAUGUCAUAUUUACCUUUAUAUGCACUCAAAUAAAAGGAACCAAUAUAUGUUUAUAGUGCUUGAAGUGCCCAAGAAACCUGUCCCAGAGGAUAAAGUACCUGUUGCUGUUCCUAAAAUAGCUGAACCACUACCAAGUCAAGGUACAUGCCAUCAUAGCUAUUACCAAAAGGACAGUCCUUUGUCCUGUACUUCCAAACAAAUGAUUUAAAAUAGAUUAUACCCUUUUUUCACGUUGUAAUGUUUGUAAAAUAUUCAUUUAGUAUUUUAGAUUAUACAAGUCAAUGUUUCUUGUAUCUCCUGUUAUAUUUUCAAGUUUGGAAAUAAAAUAUCACAGUCAAAAUUAAGUAUUUUCAACUGACAUAUACUCCUACAUAGGAUAUUCCUAACAAAGUGAGUCUCUUCAUAAGAUAACAAUAAAUUCCAACUAAAUCUGAGUCUCUCGAAAUCUAGUGUUUAUAUUGCUGUUACAAUUUGGAAUUAAUUGAGAGCACUGAAGUUUCUUCCUUCCAGUUACAAUGACUCACACACAAAUUUAAUGUUUUGUUUACCUUGUACACAUAAAAAAUACUAUCCUUCUCACAUUCUUGAUUCAUUCUUACAUAGAAAGAGAAUAAUUUUACCAAAGCAUGCAUUAACUGCAAAGGUAACAUAUACUGAUUCCUUAUCCUAAUGUGUAUUUGCCUGUGUCGACCAGAGUAACUUUCUUUUUACUGAUAUCUAUGUAAUUGUUCAUGUGAAACCGUCACUGGAAACUUACACUAGUUGUCAAUAUUCUUUAAAGAAUAUGAAAUCACAAAGGAGAUUGAGCCUGAAGAAGCUGAAGUGAUUCCAGUUGCAGAAGUAGCAGAAGCUUUACCAGUUGAAGGUAUAAAUGUACCCACCUAGAGGUUACAGGACACCUGUCUUUCAUCACUGUCCAGUCUUUUUCUUGCUUUCUCAUUCUUUGCACGUGUACCUGUAUGUUGUAGGUCUCUGUGCCACUCUUCCUCUGUUACUAUGUUUUGGAAAUGAGUUCUGAUGUCUUAAUUCUAAGUACAACAUAUAGAUUAUUUUAAAUGCUUUCUCUUCAUUUCUUGUGAAUGAAAGUCUUUCAAUCAUUUCAUUUCCCAUCUUUGUUCUCCUGUUUAUUAACAUGCUUUUUAAGUGAACUCGGAUAUUUGCAUUGCGUGUACACUGCAAAGCUAUAGUCUAAGGCUCUUUCAUACUCAUUAAUACUUAUUUCAACGAGAUUUUUUUUUUCAUUGACUUCAUUGGGAAUGGAAAAUUACCAUCUUGACAUCAGUACAUUACUCUUCACAUAAAUACUGUGGUAGUAAGCUUG